AUGAUUAACACAAAUACUAUAUCUCUAGAAAAUAACCAGAAAUUUAUGAAUAGUAAUCCUGAAGAAGAAAAAUACUCGAUGAAAGAUCAUUAGAAUAGUGAAAUUCAAAUAUCAAAUACUCGAGGCGGGUUUUCUGAUGUAACUGAUGUGAAUCCUAAUGAACCUGGAAUAAACACAGACUACAAGAAUCUUGAUAAAGAAAAUAAGCAUAGAGAAACGUUGAAAAUCGCAGUUGUGGGAAACGUGGACUCAGGUAAAUCUACUUUAACAGCUGUACUCUCUUGUCCAGCAGGGACAACCGAUGAUGGUCGAGGCUCUCUCAGAGAGAAAGUCUUUAACUUUGGUCAUGAAAAAGAGAAUGGCAGGACCUCUUCUAUUGCUCAUGAGAUCUUAGGAUUUGAUGAGCAGGGACAGCAGGUUAUUCCACUCAAAAAGGACAUUUUGACUACUAAGAAGAAGACUAUUUGGCCUGAAAUCGUUGAGGGGAGUUCAAAAGUUAUUUAGUUGAUUGAUCUCUGUGGACACGAAAAAUAUCUCAGGACUACGAUGUUCGGACUUUCAGGUCUGUAUCCCCAGUACAGCAUGCUAGUGGUAGGAGCCAAUAUGGGAGUAUCAAGAAUGACUAAGGAGCAUAUUGGUAUCACUAUGGCUCUCAAGAUUCCAAUGUUUGUCGUUGUAACCAAGCUAGAUUUGGCUCCUGAGACUGUAUAUCUAGAUACUGUAAACACUCUGAGCAAAAUUUUAAAAGGAUCAGCUUGUAAUUUGAAACCGAUACUUGUUAAGGAUUCAGAUGACCUUGACAAAAUUGCGGAGUUUAUGCCCAAUAAGACAAUAUGUCCUUUAUUUCCGAUAAGUAAUGUGACAGGCCAAGGAGUGACAAAUUUGAAAUACUUUUUAUCAAAGUUGCCUUAUUUUGAUACUUCCUCAGCGUAAAUUGACAAGGAACUUUCGGAUAGUCAGAUUGAUGAAAUCAUUGAAUCUGAGCUAGUUAUUGAUUCAGAAUAUAAUGUCAAGGGAGUUGGUUUGGUUGUCGGAGGUACAAUAACUAAGGGAGGAAUUGUCAUAAACCAAAUAUUAUACCUUGGUCCUGAUAAAAUUGGUUAGUUUAAGGCAGUUGUUGUAAAAGGCAUUCAUGAGAACAGAGUGGAAGUCAAUAAUGCUUUGAAAGGUCAAACAGUUUGUAUCAAUAUAAAGAGUCUGAAUAAAAAGGAGCAGAACUUAAAAGUAACCAGCUUCAAAAAAGGUAUGCUCUUAGUUGGAGUUACUUAAAAGUGCUUGCAGAAUACUUUAAAGAAAGGAGGGCCAUCUGCUUCUCUUGAGGCACUCUGUGUGAGAGAAUUUGAAGCUGAGGUUGUGAUCCUACAUCAUUCAACAACUAUUCAAUAAAAUUAUCAGGCUGUUUUGCACUGUGGAGGAAUAAGAUAAUCUGCCAAGGUCUUAAAUAUAGCUGCAGCCAAGUAAGACUCUGAACUCUUAAGAACAGGAGAUAAAGGCUUAAUAAGAUUUAGAUUCAUGUAUUACCCUGAAUUGCUGAAACCUGGUUCAACUAUAAUGUUCAGAGAAGGGAGGACUAAAGGACUAGGAUUUGUAACUAAAGUGUUCUCUAAUAAGUGA